AUGGCCAGGUCUGUGUUACAGCGAGACAUAAAUGAGUCAGGGAAAGUGCCGUUCACGGUGUCUAUUCCAGCAGUUGCAAUGUGGGAAUACCACGAACCGUGCCAGCACCUCAUCCGGGAAACGGCCAAAUGGUGCGAAUCGUUGACCCAGAGUUCUUCGGACGCGUGCCUCUUCAGUGACAUCAUGCAAAUGCUCCCCAGCAAUGCGCUUGAGGGCUGUGAGGGUUACUCACAGAAGCUUGAGAGCACACACAACAUUGGUCUUUGCCCCUAUGCUUCCUGUGCCCAUCACGGCCGCUUGUGUGAUAUACGCAAGCGCGCCGACUUCGAUUGCUCAGGCUUACCUUGUCCUGACAUGAGCACUGCAGGUAAGAAGCUGAAACGGGCAGGGGUAACAUCACAAGUGUACAUCGCACAUGGUCGUUACACGACUGAAAUGCAGACACCACUUCUGUUGAUCGAAUGCACUCCCGAGCUAGACAUGGGAAUGGUCGAGGACACGCACCCUGACCACGACUUCUACCAGUUGUUCAGUGAGCCCACCGAUGUAGGCUUCCGUGGGCUUGCUAGAUCUCGCACAUGGGUGAUCGGUGCGCACAGACAGAGGACCACAUGUUUGUACGACCCCUUCCAGAUACAGUCUACUUUGUCAGCAGCUUUUCGGGCGAAUGUCCAGGCACAGGUUUCGGACUUCCUUGUGGCUUCCCCCAGUGAGAUCCAAAUGGAGGCUUCGCGAGUCUCACUUCAGCGGGGAAUUCCUUUCCUGAGCCACGAGCCCAAUCUUGCGUACCUGCUCGGCAAAGGCGAGUUGAGCACGAAGCAGGGAUUGGACAGCAAGUACAUGAAUCUUUAUCAGCAGCACCCAAUGAGCAACAACAACCUUGUGUAUUUCUUAGGCGACUCAGCAGCGUAUUGCAGCUGGAGCGCCUCCAGUCAGAAGAUACCAACCUAUCGCUUGAACAGCAAAAGUGGAAAGUACUGGCUGCCGGCGCAGCAGCGCUGGAUGACUUCUAAGGAACGCCUGUGCUCAAUGGGAUUUCCGUGCGUCAAAGAAGUUGCUGAGAGCAUGGUGUGCCGAUGCUCGGCGCAACUGACGCUGCCCGGGCUGCAGACAUGUGUGGGAACGCGAUGCACUUUACGACUUGUGGCAUCAUGCAGUUAA